CUUUCUUGAACGCAUUCAGGCUCCAGUUCUACAGUGAUACUGUUGUGUUUCUUCUCGACUGAAUUUCCUUAAAGCAAUGACAGACGGCAGAUCCUUCCCCGUGAGUAUGCCUCCGAGCACGGCAUCCAGACUGGCGGUGAACACAGAGAUGCUCCUGAAGCUGGAGAGCGAACACCUAACCCUCGUCAGCCACGGGGGCAUUCACUCGUGGACGUGGAACAUAGAGCACCUGCGGAACUACGGCUACAAGAGGGAAGACUUCCACUUCGAGGCUGGGUCGCGAUGCCAGACCGGAGAGGGACACUUCGUCUUCUAUACGGUACAGGGCAAGGAGAUCGUCAAGCAGCUGAAUAAAAUGAAGGAUGACUACAAGAAAAGGAAAUGUCUACAGUCAAAGAGCUUGCCGGAAAGACCCCGCAAACAAGUGGUUAAGAAGAAGAAACUUAGACCACGGAAACUUACCCUGAAGUUCAAGUCUCUAUCUUUGCUGCCGGGAAAGAAACCCAGAGGAAGAAAACGGGACAGGUUUCUUUUGGAAGAAAGUAGAGAAGAGGAGGCAGGAGGAACUGACAACGUUACGGAGGAGGAGUCUGUGGAUGUCCCGGCUGCUUACGUCACAAUCCUGCCACAGCGACCCAGUGCCCUCGCCUCGGAGAGCACACGCCAGAAGACCAGAAGCAGGAGGGCACACGGCGACGCCUGGAAGCACCAUGGCUAUUAAUGGUCUGGGAGAGAAGGCAUGUUGGUGGAUUUUUUUGCCAUAAAUUGCGUAAUGCAGUGACACCCAUCUCUCGAGUCAUUUGUUUUUCUCUUAUUUGUUUUCUAGUUAAUAAGACUCCUCGAGUUUUAUUUAGACUGUCACGCUGGAAAUUAGGAUGAGUGCAUUUCUCAUAGAUGUAGAAAGGUAUUUU